AUGCAAAACAUUUUUGUCGCUCCUGCCUUGAUAUGGUUUGGCAUUCAACCAGCAAUAAUCCGUCGCCGUCGCUUGAGCAACUGCAAACUUAUCAAGCCAUCUCUGAGAAGAAUCCAUCAAGCAGAAGAGAAAUGGCGUCGCUCCAGACUCAUCAAGCCAUCUCUGAGAACAAUCCAUCCAGCAGAAGUGAAAUGGUGUCGCUCAACAAGACUUAGUAUCAAGCCAUCUCUGAAGAGAAUCGAUCCAGAAGAAAAGAAAUGGUGUCCCUCAAGGUAA